AUGGGAUUUUUCCCAAUCCACUUCAAAACUCCACCAAGAUACCUAUUAGCCUGCAUUCUCUGUUCAGCAAAUGGCGUCCUCUUCGGAAUGGACACGGGAAUCAUCGGCCCAGUCACCGACAUGACAGACUUCAAAGCAAAAUUCGGCGGUAGUGAAAACUCAACAAUCCACGGCCUGAUCGUCUCCUGUAUCUUGAUUCCAGCGGCUCUCUCUUCCUUCUUUGCUGGCUACGUUGCCGACCGGCUAGGCCGACCAAAGGGAAUCAGUAUCGGGGUUUUCAUAUUCGGUAUUGGAGCCGCGAUUGAAGCAGGUGCUGUUCAGCUGUCCAUGUUCAUCGUUGGUCGUAUUGUUGAAGGUCUCGGGGAGGGUCUUUUCCUUGGGAACCUUGUUGUUCUGAUUUGUGAGAUUUCACCGAUACGCACUAGAGGUGCUUUGACUACUGGUCCUCAGCUGGCUACAACACUUGGAUUGGUUGUGGGCUACUUUGUUUGUUAUGGAACUUCGAAUAUCCAGUCUUCGCUUUCAUGGCGGAUGCCCUUCGUUCUUCUUUCUGCCUUUUCCAUGAUUCUUUGCGGUCUUUCUUUGAUUUUCUUGCCUGAGUCACCGCAGUGGCUUGGUCUUCAAGGUCGCUAUGCUAUGGCUGAAGAGGCUUGGGAUAAGUUGGGCGUUACUCAUGCGGACCGUGAGAAGGUUGAAGUUUCAGUGCAGACAACGGAAAUUGAGCCUGGCACUGAAAGUGAACAGGAUGGCCAGACCACGAUGGAGAAACUUAUGGAUGUCUUCUCCAAGGAUGUGAGAGGCAGGACUUUCCUUGCUGUCUUCUUGAUGGGCAUGCAGCAAAUGAGUGGCAUCGACGGAGUCCUCUACUAUGCCCCUGAACUCUUCCAAAAAGCAGGCCUCGCCUCGUCAGAAGCAAGUUUCCUAGCCUCCGGUGUUUCAGCCAUCGUCAUCUUCGCUGUGACUGUCCCAGGUCUGAUCUACGCCGAUGGAUGGGGCCGCCGAAGCAGCAUUGUCUACGGCGGCAUCGGGCAAGCCGUUCUAAUGUUCCUGAUGGGUGGCCUGUAUGCUGGGAAUGCCGUCCAUCAAUCUACCGGCGCUGGUCGCUGGGUUGUGAUUGUCUGCAUCUUCCUGUUUGCCGCUCUUUACUCUGUCUCUUGGGGUAUUGCCGUCAAAGUGUACGCGGCUGAGAUCCAACCCCAACGAACACGGGCAUCAGCUACGACACUUGGCCAUUCGAGCAAUUGGUUGUGCAAUUUCUUGGUUGCGUUGACUACGCCAAUUUUACUUGCGAAGAGUAGUUACGGUGCCUAUUUUUUGUGGGGUGGGUGUAGUAUUAUCACUGCGGUUGUUGGCAUCCUUUACAUGCACGAGACCAAAGGUCGCACAUUCCCUGAGAUAGAAACCGCUUUUAAGGGCAAGUCACCUGGAAAGAAGAGUCCCUUCCUGGGUUACAAGGGCAAUGUUUGA